CCUAAAUCAUCAAAAAAUCAAUUAACUAUGCCUUCUACAUGGUUUUCUCUCACAUGGUGGCAUUUUUAUCCUAAUGGCUGCCUUUGCGGUCCAUGUUUAAAUUACUGUGAUAUAUAUGGAAUACAACUAAAUUUUUUAAAUAGGAAUCCUCGAUUCGUGAAAAUUGAUGAUACUCAGGAUACAAAUUCGCAGCCUGUGCAAAAUAAUGACAGUCAAACUCCUCAACAAAUUGUUCACAAUAUGAAUCAACAUACCCAUACACAAUCCAACAUUAAUCAUAUCAACAGUAUCAAAGGUCAAAGCCCUCAAAAAAUUGUUAACGAUAUGAAUCAACAUAUCCAGUAUACACAAUCUAACAUUAAUCAUAUCAACGGUAUCAAUGAUCAAAGCUCUCAACAAAUUGUUCACAAUAUGAAUCAACACCAGCAUGCACAAUCCAAUUUUAAUCAUAUCAAUG